UACUAACCUGUUUGUGUAUAAAUAUUAUAGUAGACACGCUGGACAAUAACCGCCAGUCGCGUUUUUAGUUUCAGACCUGAAUAUCGUAUAUUAUUAGCUAGUACUCACAUUAAAAUUUAACACUCAAUAAUCUACCAUAGCUUUUAAAAUGAUAAUGGUCAACGCUAAAGUCGCACUGGUGUUUGUUUCCUUGGGUGCAUUCGCCUACUUACAAACCUCUCAGGGUUAUGGCACAGGAGCUCCAGUCGAAGUAUGUGAUGAUAUGUUGCCACAACACGGCCCUCCUUCUCAAACUGGACCAUCUCCAUAUUCUUUGACUAUUAACCGUAAAUCCGUCAAACCUGGCGAGACUCUUUCGCUUACCUUGUCAGCUAAAGACGGCACCAAAUUCCAGGGUUUCCUCAUACACGCCAGAGAUAUCACCACUGGAAAGCCCGUCGGUUGGUUCCAACCAUUGCCCGCUAACAAAUCCCAGAAAGAAUUUAAAGGCAAAUGGAAGCUCAUCACUUGCCCUAACGGUGCUUCUAACAAUACCGCCACUCACAAUGAUUCAGUUGAAAAAAGUAGAGUCGUGCUUACAUGGAUCGCACCAAGAGAUUUGAAAAACAGUUUCAAAUUCAAGUACACUGUAGCUAAAAACGGAGGAGAAUACUGGGUCGCUAAAGAAUCCGAAUCCAUCACCAUGUCCGCAGCUAAUGCACCAAGCAAGUUGUAAGAAAUCACUAGCCAAAGCAGACUACAUAACUUAGUGCACUUAAAAAUGUAUAGCGAAGAACGACUGUGACUGAUAAGAAAAGCAAAACGUUCUAUUUUUUAUGUAUUUAAUAUAUUUUGCUCGAUAUUAGUUACAUAUUAGUUACAAUAAGAAAUUAUUAUCGUCUAGGUUAAGUUACAUUGAUAAUUAAAUUUAUAGUUGCAUUGCACGUAAAUUGUAAACAGAAGACAAGUCUUGUAUACUUAAAACAACUACGUAUGCUUACCUACUGCUAAUGAAUAAAUUAAUAAUUGUUAAAAACAUUAUGUUACUUAAGAUUAUAUAUAAAUUUAAUAAUUAAAGAAAAAACUCACAAAACGUGAA